AUGCAUUUCUCUGCUGCCGUCGUUUCCACCUUCGCGGCUCUUGCUGCUGCCUACACCACUCCCGACUACUCCAAGGACCCCAGCGGUAACGCCAUCUACACCCCUACUCUGGGUGAACUCGUUCCUGAGGGUAAGGCCUUCGACAUCACCUGGGACCCUACUCUCGGUGACAAGGUCUCUCUGGUCCUCCUCCGCGGUCCCAGCUCCAACGUUGUGCCCCUCGAGACCAUUGUCGAGGAUAUUGACAACACCGGUUCCUACACCUGGACCCCCAGCACCUCCCUGGAAACCGACACCACCCACUACGGUAUCCUUCUCGUUGUCGAGGGCACCGGUGCCUACCAGUGGUCCGUCCAGUUCGGUAUCUCCAACGAGGAUGGCACCGUCGACUCCACCUCCACCGCUGUCUCCUCUGUCGCUGCCUCCACCACCGCUGCUUCCACUACCGCUUCCCCUUCUGCCACCGGUGAGACCUACGUGACCGUCAUUGACAAUGUGACCACCACCAUCUGCCCCGUUGCCGAGUCUGCCUCCGCUGCCAGUACUUCCGCCGCCGCUGUCACCUCCGCUGCUGUUUCUUACUCUACCGUCAUCCCCACCUGGGUUGAGACUACCACCAUCUGCCCCAACUCCAAGUGCGGCGCUGCCACCGCUGCCCCCGUUGUCUCCCCCUCCAGCAUCCCCAGCCAGUACACUCUGGUCAGCUCCGCCGCCGCUGUCAGCUCCACUCCUCUGACCGCUCCAUCCGCUACCUCCACCCCCGUGUUCAACGGUGCCGGUCGCAACGCCAUCAGCUUCGGUGCUAUCGUUGCCGCUCUCGCCGCUGUCAUGUUCAUCUAA